AUGCCGCCCGCGUCACUGACAACCCAGAUGGCCGUCCGCAACACAACGCCGCCUCCGAUGCCGCCCCCACAAUAUGGGGUGGAGACGACAUCACCGCAAUUGAAGGAGGCCACUCCCAUCCAGCCCUCGUGGUACAAUUGGCAUGCAGGGACCGGGUGGACACGUCAGGCCGACGCAGACACGCCGCCUCCGUCGCCGCCCCCACCAAAUGGAUUGGAGACAUCACCGCAGAUGGAGGAAGCCACACCCGUCCAGCCCCUGUGGUACAAUUGGCAUGCAGAGACCAGGUGGACACGUCAGGUCGACCCUAACAUGCCACCUCCGGCAUCAAGGAACGACGACGCCGCCCCAGCUACUGAGAAAGCGACUGGCGCGGCCGUGCACACCGAGACAGCCACAGGGAGUUGCAGUCUGGCAGGCAGCCAGGUCACCAAUUACACGCAGCAUCACUGCGGAUCCAACACGCCACCUCCCGCACCACUGACGACGACGCCACCCCCAGCCUUUGAGAAAGCGACUGGCGCGGCCAUGCACACCGAGACAGCCACAGGGAGAUGCAGCCUGGCAGGCAGCCAGGUCGCCGUCACAUGCAGCAUCACUUCAGAUCCAACACGCCACCUCCGGCACCACCAACGAUGCCGCCCUCAGCCACUGGGAGAGCGACUGGCACGGACGCAUGUCUUAAAAGCCACAUCGCGACCCAGUCCAGCAGACAACCAGGUUGCCGACUCCAUGCCACAACGCACCGAGGCAAACUUGCCAGCCUUGACGCCGCCGUCCCCGACCCCGCCACCCCCAUCUGCCGUGAAGGCUCACGGGGGGUAA